CCAGGAGGAGGUGCUCCCGGCAGCCGGACAGCGCGGCUGCUACUCGUCCUAGCGGAUUCGAGAGUUUCUGCCGCCGCCGCCGCCGCCGCCGCCGCCAUGAGCCGCUCGUAUAACGAUGAGCUCCAGUUCCUGGAAAAGAUCAACAAGAACUGCUGGAGGAUCAAGAAGGGCUUCGUGCCCAACAUGCAGGUUGAAGGAGUCUUCUACGUGAACGAUGCUCUGGAGAAGCUGAUGUUUGAGGAAUUAAGGAAUGCCUGUCGGGGGGGUGGUGUUGGUGGCUUCCUGCCAGCUAUGAAGCAGAUUGGCAAUGUGGCAGCCCUGCCUGGGAUUGUUCAUCGAUCCAUUGGGCUUCCCGACGUCCAUUCAGGCUAUGGAUUUGCCAUUGGGAAUAUGGCAGCCUUUGAUAUGAAUGACCCGGAAGCAGUGGUAUCCCCAGGUGGUGUCGGAUUUGACAUCAACUGUGGUGUCCGCUUGCUGAGAACCAAUUUAGAUGAAAGUGAUGUCCAGCCUGUGAAGGAGCAGCUUGCACAAGCCAUGUUUGACCACAUUCCCGUUGGGGUGGGAUCAAAAGGUGUCAUUCCAAUGAAUGCCAAAGACUUGGAGGAGGCCUUGGAGAUGGGUGUGGACUGGUCUCUAAGAGAAGGCUAUGCCUGGGCCGAAGACAAGGAGCACUGUGAGGAGUACGGAAGGAUGCUGCAAGCCGACCCCAAUAAGGUGUCUCCACGAGCCAAAAAAAGAGGCCUUCCUCAGUUGGGGACCCUGGGAGCAGGCAACCACUAUGCAGAAAUCCAGGUUGUAGAUGAGAUCUUCAAUGAAUAUGCGGCCAAGAAAAUGGGCAUCGACCAUAAGGGACAGGUGUGCGUGAUGAUCCACAGUGGGAGCAGAGGCCUGGGCCACCAGGUAGCCACAGAUGCACUGGUGGCUAUGGAAAAAGCCAUGAAGAGAGACAAGAUCAUCGUAAAUGACCGUCAGCUGGCUUGUGCACGAAUUGCUUCCGUGGAAGGUCAGGACUACCUGAAGGGAAUGGCAGCGGCUGGGAACUAUGCCUGGGUCAACCGCUCUUCCAUGACUUUCUUAACCCGCCAGGCUUUUGCCAAGGUCUUCAACACAACCCCUGAUGACUUGGACCUGCACGUGAUCUAUGAUGUCUCUCACAACAUCGCCAAGGUCGAGCAGCACGUGGUGGACGGGAAGGAGCGGACGCUGCUGGUGCACAGGAAGGGAUCCACCCGGGCUUUCCCUCCUCACCAUCCCCUCAUCGCGGUUGAUUACCAGCUCACUGGACAACCAGUGCUCAUUGGUGGCACCAUGGGAACCUGCAGUUACGUCCUUACUGGCACUGAACAGGGCAUGACUGAGACCUUUGGAACAACCUGUCAUGGAGCGGGCCGUGCAUUGUCCCGAGCAAAAUCUCGGCGUAAUCUAGAUUUCCAGGAUGUCUUAGACAAACUGGCAGAUAUGGGGAUCGCAAUCCGUGUUGCCUCGCCCAAACUGGUUAUGGAAGAGGCUCCUGAGUCCUACAAGAAUGUGACUGACGUGGUGAACACCUGCCAUGAUGCUGGCAUCAGCAAGAAGGCCAUCAAACUGCGGCCCAUCGCUGUUAUCAAAGGGUAGGACCUCGGCCCGCAGGACUGCUGGGCAACACUGACCCCCCUGAAGUGGAAGUGGGCCGAAACGCUCUUCAGACAUCCGAUUCCAGACCUGGCAGGCUCCAAAGUGUGCAGCUGUAGCUGCUCGUGUCGGCGUGGCCGAUGGGGAGGCUGCGGCCUUCAGGAGCCAGUGUUGUAAACCGUCUUCCAGAAGGCCCCCUUGCCCCGAUUUGGAAAGAGACAAGUAUGCUCCCUGGCCCGCAGAUUUUAGUAACUUCUGUUAGGGCUGGAGAAGUCAAGCAGCAGCCUCAGGUCUGCAAGUCUCAUCGUCAGGAUGAACUUCCCCUCGAGUUCUGUUUACGUAACAAGAGGUGCCAUGAAGAACGUUCUAUUAAAUAAGGUGGUUUUGGAA